AUGAUGGCUCGCUUCUAUCGGCUCCAGUGCGAGAAGCGCCAGGGAGAGGCACGAGAGCUGUUUGAGACCAUGUGCAUUUGCGACCCCCAGGCCUUGGCGUCCGACGUGGAAGUUGGGAUCCUGCUGUCGGCAGAUCCAAGACAUCCCGCAGGGCCGGAGGGACCUACUUGGCCAGCAUCGCCGCAGCAGGUGCCAUAUUUGGAGCUUGCAAAGUGUGCUGAGGCCCGGGGUCGGCACUUCGACGCGUGGCUCCUCUACGGCAAGGCGUCCGAGGUGGCCAACGGAGCGGCAGGGGAGGUGCUGCGCCGCAGGGCGCAGGCGGCCAUGGCCGCAGAGCUGCCGGCCUGUGCCGAGCAGGAUGCUGCUCGGGCGGUGCAGCUGGGAGAGGUUCUGAGCUACGAGCUUUUGGUCCGGGCUUUGGAGUCCUUGGGCCGCGUCUCAGCAGCGCGGCUCGCGGCACAGCAAGGUGCCGAGCUUUUGGGUGGCAGCCCGGCGGGCAAGGUCUUGGAGGAGAAGGCAUGGGCAGCAGAUGGCGCCGAGGGCGCUGUGCCCUCGCGAGGACGUAUGCCCACCCCAGCAGAGCUCCAACAAGCCGUGGCGAAGGCCAUCCGCCCGGAUGGCAAGGAGUCCCGCUUGUAUGGCGCCGUGCUGGCGGUGGCAAUGGGCUGGUGGCAGGAGGUGAGUGGAGACGAGAAGCUCUUCCCCAACGCGCUGGCCCGCGCUGCCAUCACAGCGCGGAGGGAGCUCGGUGCCAUCGACGCGGCGGUGAGGCCGACCCCAGCUCGCCGCAUCCGCGAGCUCUGGGAUGACCGAGAGAACGACCUGAAGACCUCCGGCGCUUUGGCCAUCGACCUGGAUUCCGUGCCAGGCCUCUGGGCCCGGCUGGCAGAGAUUUGCCAGGCCUUGGCCUCAGCCACGUGUUCACUUGGGGUUGUCCGUGCCCGGAUGCCAGUGCCGCGCAUCGCAGCUUUGCCGACCAAUGGAUCGAGACCAUGGCUCAUUCAGCUGGAGACACCGGACACGUGCAAGCAGUCAGCGCGAGCGCACGCAGCCCAAGCAGCACGAAAACACCCCAUCCCCCGCCGUUGCUUGCUUUUGCGGCCAUGCUCAGCCUGGCGAGUGGUGUGCCAACAGGGCGUCCCUGCCCGCAGUGGCGGCCGCAACGCCCAGCUCAAGUCGCUGCUGGCCAGUCGCGGAAGCUACGUCAGAGCAGCAUCGCGCUGGUCGCCUGCGUGGCGGCGACCCGGGCGCAGGGCCGGCGGCAACGAGCCGCCCGCACAGCUAUCUCGAUCGGAAAGGCAUCUUCGUCUGACCUGCGCCCUGCUGCAGAUGUGGCGGUGCGAUCCUUGCGCUGGACAGCAGGUUGGCUGGAUGGAACAGAGUUCACGGAAGAAGACUAUUCCCUGCUCGCAAGCAGAGAAGUACAGUCGUACCAAUCGCUUUAUUUGGCAGACCGGGGGUAUCCAUGCACUUUCUUGGUUGCCAGAAGCUCGGAAGCUGUGGCUCAGGCAGCGUGAGCCUGCAAAGGAAGCCAACUCCUGGUUUGAUUGGGGUGGCUCAGGCGGGUCUGCUUCGAGCGUGGUCGGAUGCGUGGGAUGCGAAGUGAAGUGCUUCAGCCGCUUGACGAACGAAGAGCUGCCAACUGGCAAGUAUGACGGCGGUCAGCAGACAGUGCUUCGACCCGUGAUGGCUGACUUGGCGGUCUCCUCCGAGUGCCGGGGCAAAGGCAUCGCCCGGAAGCUGGUGGAGGAGCUGGAGCGGGUAGUUCUGGACUGGGGCUAUGAGGAGCUGGUGCUGCUGGUGGAAGCCACCAACUUCCAGGCCCGUGGGGUGUAUGGCCGCUUGGGCUACCGACUCGGUGGUCUACGGCUCGCAGAAACGACCCUUUUCCUGGACAAGGCCGGCGCAACUCCCAGUGUGGCGGAGCGUAAGACAGUUGCCUUCCUCCUGCGAAAGUGCCUGAAACCAUUUCCACUGGGUGACCUUGAGAACACCGACUGGCCGAGUGUUCUGGUUGUUCUGGGACUGGGCAUCGUGCUGGUUCAAAGGCCAGACCUGGUGGCAGCCAAGCUCGGCGCUCGUUCAGAGGUGGUUGUGCCGCACUGCGACAAGGAAGCGCAGCAGCCGCUGAGCGGGCUCUGGGCAGUCAUGAGCGGCCUGGUGGCGGAGGUGCUCCGAGCCUUUCGGCUGAUGGACCUGGAGGUGCUGACUGAGCUCCGGCUCCGGCGCCACAGCGCAGAGGUGGCAGAGGUGGACAACGGCGGCUUGAUGCCGGACAAUCGCCGAGAGGUGUCCAUUCGAUGCUUCGUCCCCGAUGGAAGCGAGUGGCCGGAUGCCACCCUCAAUUUGCACACCAAGGAUCGUGAGGUAUCGGUGUCUCAUAGCAUCAGGGCUGGAAGAGUUUUCGUUUGGUGGAGCCGUCAAACCUUUCACCAAGUCUUAGGUGACGGCUACCUUGCCAUGUGCUGCUGGGGCGUCGUGCCACAAAAGCCAGACCUCUCGGCGCGAGCGACGGUGUCAUGA